GAAUUAUUUUGCAAGAUGGCGUCCUUCUGGGAGGGAAUUUUUCGGAGAAGGGAAUGAUGUUUUGUGCAUUUUUGUGAAAAACAAUGGUAAGAAAAACUAAAGUGUAAUCUCAAAACUUUUUGAACUGCACAAACGAGGAGGGUAAUCAUAAUUGUUAUUUAAAAUUACUCCUCUUCUUAACUACCUUGUCACGCGAGGGAUUUUGUGGCAUACACGUUGUUGUUAAUUCAAAAUUAAACGUCAUAUAAGCUUAGUACCAGUGAACUUUGGGUUUAGAAGUCACAAUAAAAUUUCAAACUCAAUUCAUCUCAUCUUAAUAGUCAGGCAUGAAUUUGAUAUAACUUUUCUUGUUUUAUGAUAGACUAGUACACAUGACCCCUCAAGCAUGUUUAUUGCUUUUAUACUAAUCGUGUUUAAAUAAAGGAUAUACAUUUAUUCAUUCACUCAUUCAUGCGUAGAAGGAAAUUUUGUGGGAUAUAUCAACCUGCAAAAUUCUAGGUUGUCUUCCAUAUAUUGGGAUCUGAGGUUAUUUUGGCAGUUGUAGAGAGUUGGCCGUUGCUGUUUUAGAGAGAUUUAAUUGAGAGUCAAUGUAUCGACUGUCUGCCAGGACAAAAAUAGUGGCCAUUGUAGAGAGAUGGCCAUUGUGGAGAGGUGGUUUUUAGUGGAGGUGCGACUGUAAAUUAUUUGUGGCUGACAGUUCAAAAGUGGGUGUGUUAGCAGUGGAUCCAAAACACCAAGAACAAAACUGAUACUGCUGAAAUGCCAGCUACUAUGAGUUAUUCACCUAUAAUGCAUUUUUUUGUGCAAGCUAUUUGUGUACGUGCAGAUAAAUAACAAAUGAACUUGCCCUUUUUUCAAGUUCAAGUGCAAAGUUAAUUAAUAUUAAACUUUUUUGUCUCAUUGUUAGGGAUCGCAAGUGAAAGAUGUUAAAAUCCCACCUAACUCUCCUAAGGAUUUGCUUUUGGGCAAACAUGCUGAUUUCAUUGCAGCAUAUGGAAAGAAAAAAGAUGACUAUGUAAGUUGAAUAUUACAAGUCCUCUGUUUGUGCUAGAGUUUGAAAUGGUAAACCCUUUAGCGAACUACCUCCCUGUAAAGUGGAGAAUUAGCUGAUGGUUAUAUUUCUUUACGCUACUGUUUGCAAGGGAACUAACGGCCAUUGAGUUCCUAAACGACUUUGUAGUGUAGUGAUUAGGGUUAGUAAGUAAAUCAGGUUUCAAUCCAGUGCAGUACAUCCUGUAUAACGAUCAUAACUGGAACUUGAUUCACAUGGUUCCUUGGUCAACCCUAAUAAUUAAAUUUCAUGAGUUACUUUGGUAUACUACAAAAUACCCAUACCAAGCUACUGUGCAUUCUUAAUAAUUAAUUGUUGAGUGUUGACAUGUAAGUCCUGCACUUUAUUAAUGUAAAUUCAGACAAGGAACUGUAAUGGUUAAUCUAUGGAUCCUGAAAAUUUACUCAACUGAAAGUAAGACAUUUCCAUAUGUAGUUGUAGUGUUUCCUCAUGUUUGCUUAUUUUGGUUUAAUUCUGUAGGAGUACUGCAUAACGGAAUAUCUUCGAAUGAGUGGCGUGUACUGGGGUCUCACUGCCAUGUUUCUUAUGAACAAGCAGGACAUGAUGGAAAAAGAUGAAAUACUGGAAUUUGUCCAGUCUUGUCAGCAUGACAAUGGAGGCUUUGGAGCAAGUCAAAACCACGAUUCCCAUCUUCUUUACACCCUAAGUGCAAUUCAGGUAUAUACAGCACAGCCCAAACAUAAUGCAUGAGUAAGAAGUUCUUUUUGUUUCUGCAACCUUUUUAAUUGCAGGGUGCCUGUACUUGAAUCCUGCAAGACAGAAAAACUUCUUUGUGGUUAGAAUUGAAAACCGCAAGAAGUUCUGUCUUUGCAUGAGUAGGAUUUUUGUACCACAAGAACUUCUUUGUGGUAAACUCUAAGCCAGCAAAAGAAGUGGGAAGAAGUCUUAAAAAUAAAGGCGCAUUUAUUUUACAGAUUCAGACCCCCCAAACAAAACUAUCAACUGAAGAAUACUGCUCAUUAUGAAUAUUAGUUUUUUUAUUUACCUUAUUAGGUCAUGUCUCUUUAUGAUUGUAUUGAGAAAAUAAAUGUUGAGAAGGCAGUGGAAUAUGUAUCCAAGCUUCAACAAGAAGAUGGAUCUUUUGUUGGUGACAAGUGGGGUAUGUUAAUAAUAUAUCUCCUUGGUUUUUUCAUGAGCUCUUGGUGAGUGGAUAUAUUUCUGAAAAUGAUCAGGACUAUGUUCAAAAGUUUAGAAAACAUUUUUAACCUUUUAAAAGACUGUCUCAGAUGUUUUUUAGCUUGUUUUAUCCAUUAAGCAGUAUACAAUCACAGAACCUGAAGCACUUUUGUAAAUCUCUAAACAAUAUUUCACUGUUAAUAAUCUGUGAAGUGAACUUGGACUGGAUGCAUAUGUUAUAGGUCAAAAAUAAAUUCAGGUUUACUUUUUUUAUUAUUUUAGGUUGAUUCUCAAUUUCCUUAAUGUCUCCAAGCCCUGAUUAUUCGUGAAUUGGAAAUAGGACACAAAGGUAAUUGAGAAUCAACCUGAUUGUUAUUUUGACAUGUAACGCAUAUACAGAAUAAAAUAUUCUCAGGUUAUAACAUUGGAAGAAAUUUAUAUAAAUGUUGCAGGGCAGAAUUUUGUCUCUCCAACAUGAUUCUUUUCAUAAAGAUGGUAAUUUCGCACAAGGGGCUUGUCCAUACAACCUUUUCCUCCUUCACAUUCUUGCAUAAUAUCCUGAGUUGUUGAGUCAGGCAGGCUGUACAAAGAGAUGAUUAUCAGCAGAUAACAGCUGAUCAAUUGCCAGGCAUAAAGUGUUAAGACAGAAUCCACCAGGAAAUUGAAUAAUUUUAAUUUUCAGUGGACCAAAACCUUGUACCAGAAUAAUUUAAAGAAUAUUGCAUUCUUUUUUACAUUUUUGUAAUAAAUUAUCUGUAGUAACACCAAAGAAAAUUUCUCCUGGAAGUCCAAGAAAAGGAAUGUAAAAUUUCACAAGAAUUGUGAUUACACAGGUAAAAUUCUGAAAAUUUCAUGUGUAAGAUGAAAUUUUGUAAAAUUUGACAUUUAUUUUCUCGGGCUCCCAUAGGAAAUUUUUUUUGGUGUUACUGCAGUUGAUUUAUUACAUCUUUAACCCAUGAAAAAUGUAAGAAGGAAUGCAAUAUGCUUUAAAUAUUAUUCUGGUACAAGAUUUUUGUCCACCAAAGAUCAAAAUUACUCAAUGUCCUGGUGGAUUCCGUCUUAACAGUCCUACCAACCUUCCAUAAGUGAAUUUUAGACUAACUUUACAAUGGAUUAAAACAUUGCUUGACUGUGCCAAGUUUCCUGAUAAUGUAUGCAUCUUACCUCCAUUUUGUGCUUUGUUAGUUCUUAAUAUCAAUUUUCUAUUUUCAUCCCUAGGAGAAGUAGAUACUAGGUUCUCUUUUUGUGCAAUUGCAAGCUUGAAACUAUUGGUAAGUCCAGACACAUAUUAUAUAUUAUUAUACAUUGUAAUCAUUAUCUGUCUUCUCAUUGGCUAAGAGCCUACAGCUAAUUUUGGAAAUCAGUGCAACCUACAGCAGAUUAGUUAGCUAUUUGCUAGCAGAUAACUGACUAAUCUUUAGGUUGCACCCACAAUGCAUGAUUUCCAAUAACAAUAUGAAUUCAGGUUCCUUCUGAUGGUGUUUUUGUCUUCAUUUUCUUCAAAACAAUGUAUAAUAAAACAAUUAUCAGAUUCAGUUUUUUUGAUAUCCUAAAUAAUCAAGGUCUUGGUAAGUGUUAUCAGCCUCAGCUUUCAGCUCGGCUGAUAACACUUACCUUGACCGUGAUUCCAGAUAUCACAAAAACCUCAGCUAAUAAUUAACUAAAAAUCAUAAAGAAUCUGCCAUUAUCAUUGUCAUCAUCAUCAUCAUUAUUCCUGGGCUUGUAGGAAGAUUUUGCUUGGAUUUGUAUAAGCUUCAUAUUCAGUGGUAAUUUUUUUUUUCUUUUUUAUCAUCUGUAUUGUUUAGGGUCAUCUGAAUGCUAUAGACCUGCAGAAAGCUGUAGAUUACAUAUUGUCCUGUAUGAAUUUUGAUGGUGGCUUUGGAUGUCGACCAGGAUCAGAAUCACACUCAGGGCAGGUAUGAUGGUGCCUGGUUAAUUUUCAAUUAUGUCAUUCAUCAUUUUAUUUUACAUUUUUUCAUUCCUCUCAAUGAUUUUUUUACCUCUUCAUCCUGCGUCCCUGAUGCAUAAAAAGAUGCAAAAUAAGUCAUGGCAUUGGUCCCGUUCGUGUAAUUUCUGUGGCAGAACGAAAGCGGAACGAAACGAAACGACCAUAAACUCUCAUUUGUCCUACCAUUACUAUCUCGGCGAUUUUCUCACGUUACAGCUUUAGGUGUUGUGGUUAAAUGUUAAUGCAUUUGUGUUCAUGUUUAGUCUGUUUAGUGGCUUGUUUCAUUUUUCAGAUUUAUUGCUGUCUAGGAGCUCUGGCCAUUGCUGAUUCUCUGCAUCAUGUUAAUGCUGAUAUGUUGGGUUGGUGGCUUUGUGAAAGACAGCUUCCAUCUGGCGGAUUAAAUGGUAAACAAAUAACCGAAAAGCGCAAGGUUUGCGAUCAAAAUGCUUUACUAGGCGCAUAAGUGGAAUAUGGGAUGCAAGAGUGAUAGACGCGGGAGGGGGGACACGCGCAAGAAACUUCCUCUCUCCUCGCGCGCCAUUUCAUUCCUCGUGCCCAGCGCCGCAGUUGGAAUUGUGCCCAAAUUCCUCUCACGCCUGCUAGGAUCCAGGUGACCUAAGCUCAGUAAGGCACAUGAUCAGUAGCCCAUGAGUUAUUUGGACGUUAAUUUAUGUCAUUUGUUUAAGAAGGAGGCUAACCUGUCAUCAGGCGAUCCUGAUUCCCUUUUUGUUGUCCCUUUUCCCCGUCCGUUGACUUUCACGCUUUCCCCCAAAAAAGAACGCCUUCAGGAUGGCAAGUUAGAAGGAGGCAGAUUUGCGGUAUCAGCCAAUAUUUUUUCCAAUGAAAUAAGCCUGCAAUGCACAACUUCAUUCAUGGUUCUUUCCUUUGACAUUACGGCUUCUCGGUUUUUUUUUUCUGCGAAGAAGUACGCCUUGGGAGAAAGUCACCUUGCUUGUAGUGUGAGCAUUUUUGUUUUAGCAGACGAGAGCUUAGUCAGUUUGUUGUGUGUGGUCGCCAUGUUUGAUUUUGGGUAAGGUAGAAACUUGGGUGCAGACGAUUGCAAUCACCAAAUAACGUAAUACAUUAGACUGAAAACGAACCAACAAUAGUUUCUGCAUUAUACCAAAACACUUCCAAAAUUUGCAAAACUAAGCUUUCAUUUUUUUGAGAAUUCGAAAGAAUUAUGGCUCAUUUGGGAAGCUGUAUAUGAAUUACGUCACUCGAUGUAGCAUUAGCCUGCGAAAACAUCCGUUUCUCCCGGCUCUUCGCUGCUGGGGACGUUUUGCGCGAAACGUCCCCAACGGCGAAGAGCGAGGAGAAACGGAUGUUUUCGCAGGCUAAUGUAUUAUCUGAUAUCCAAGUUGUUCUUUAAAGCCUCGGCUGUGCUUCGUUUUGUAACCUGACUUCUCGACCGUUAUGUGCGUGUCAGAUGAAACUGUGUGUUGUUUUUUAGAAGCACGUUUUUUUUUAAAAAAAUGUUAGUCAAAACAGGAAGAUGCAUGUCCUGGGUUUGAAACUUCCCUUGUUUUCGACUUCUUGUCGAAGAAGACCGGAAGAUCGUCUGAGACAGGAAACGCCUCUGAUACGAAUCCGGUCAAGGGCGUGUCAGUCGUGUCUCAAAUUUAUCUACCUAUUUUCUUGUCAGAAACAACCAUAAAAUCACACGGUAAAGGGUUUAUUCGGAAAUCCGUCUCGAAAUUCGUAUUAGAAGAGAAUUUUUGCCAGUUUGGCGCACUGGAAGAACUGAAACUAAAGAUUUAAGCACUUCCUCUAGAAUUGUAUCUGUGUUUAUGUUUCCUGACAGGAAAGUUGGUCUAUUUUCAAUAUGAUUUGAAAAUCCAAAGGUUGUUUUUUCAUCACCUGCGAAUGAAAAGUAAUGGCAAAUGGUAAAUUAAAACGAUAUUAACAUGACGCAGGAUAUUUUAAAAAUAAGGAGCUUAAACAAAGUCCACCGGAAAUGAGGCUUUUCUUCUUCUAAUAUGCCUUAACACUACUAAAUUUGUACUGCGAAGUGUCUUUACUCUUAAAGAGACAAUUUGCCCCGAACAUUUGGGCACAACCACUGCCCCAGAAUGCGAAAAGUCCACUUCCGGUUGACGUACGUCGCUAAAAAACGACUUUGCUCAAGGUCCCUAAUGUCUUCAAUGUGGUUAUGAAGGGCUUGGAAACACGCCUUUCGAAAUUGGACUAUUCACGUAUGAGACGAGGAUAUUUAAGUAUCAUUUUGCCAGGCUGUGAUGCUGGGGCCGAAUAAAUUGUCCCAAGUCCAUAACAGAGCGUUUUCACUCGUGUGGCCAGCAUUUAUGUAAAUUUUAAUAUUGCAUGGAACAAAAGAAAGCGUUUACCUUAGAAAAGAGUUCAACUCCGCCGUGACGUCUUGUGAAUCCACGUGAUAAGGAUUCAUUAGUGCAUAGAGCUAUCUACCUUUUGGGCCAAUUGGAUGGGGGCACUGAAUUGUUGUUUAUCUCUCAGUCGUGGUUCUAAGAGCUAAGCACGGUCGGGUAGUUGUGAUCAUGUGCCUUUUUGUUGUUGUGAUUGUUACAGGUCGGCCAGAAAAACUCCCAGAUGUAUGCUACUCCUGGUGGGUGUUAGCGUCGCUUAAAAUCAUUGGCAAGUUACACUGGAUAGACAAGGUAAAAUUCCUGAGAUUAAUGCUGUUUCAGAGCGGAAUUCUAAUCACAUGAAAGUGAUGUAACCAGCAGAUCAAGAACGAACGAUAAAUCUCAAACUGAACCUCAUUUAAGUUUGUUGUUUCCUUGGUAGUAAAAAAUUGGUGAAAAAAACUUGAAGUUUGGGUUUUUUUAACAAGCAAAAAGAUGUUAGAUUUUUUCCCCGUUUUUAGCCUUUAGAGAUCGCCGAGCGCGCAUAUAAAUGUAAAACCGCGGGGGAUUUGUUGACCGCUGGAACAGUGAGGCGGGGGUGGAUAAAUUUCUUGAAAUUUUUCUUGCCCUUCGCGCACGCAAAAAUCGUUGAGAAAUAAGAAAAGACGUCUGUGGAAAGGCUAUUUCUUUCUAUAAUGCCCCCUGCAAGGCACUCUGAAAUUUGCUAUUGUAAAUUAGCACGGUAUAACGAGAAUGGCUAUGAUUCUUUGGUCAUUGUCUCUGAGCGAUAUAACUUCUGUUACUUUCUCUCCACUUAACGAAUCGUUUUUGACGGGUGAACGAUUUAAAAGUCCUCGCAAAAACAUAUUUUUCAUGCGCACUUAUAUUUUUGCUAUCUACUUGUAUGUGGCGUUUCUGACGAUCAGGCGGGAUGAGUGAUCCUUACAUGCGAUCGUAGAAAACCGUCACAACUUAGGAUUCAAGUGAGGAUUACAAUAAUGUUGCUGCUUUGUUUCAGGACAAGUUACGGAGCUACAUCCUUGCCUGCCAAGACGAAGAAACGGGUGGAUUUGCCGACAGACCUGGUGAUAUGGUAAGGGUCAUAAUUUUUUUAACUUUUGUUACUGACCUUGGAAAGAAAAUCAAGCUGCAAACUGGCUUAAGAUUCGAGGGCAAGAAACACUUCGAGGACAGGAUUUGCCUUAAAGUUUUUUCGCGUAUUGUCAAAAAAUAGAUACCCCAGAAAGCUUUAUUGUACUUUUGAUUCACCACAAAAGUUAGCACUAAUAACUUUAUCGAAGGAGUUUAAGCCCUCUCCUGGUCGCAAGAAGAUAAAACUUCUAGCAUUUAAUAACUUGUUUCCGCCACGUUCUCGCUAAAACUUGUAGUAGAAUGACGACGGCUACCACGUUUUCCCGCCAAAAUGACGCUGAUUCACGGGUGCGCACUACCAAGUAUUGAGAAAAUCUCCUACUUGUUGUCGUUCUCCUUGUUUAUGGGUCGUUUUCAGACAACUUCGUAUUCUUUUAUCUCAUAUUCGAUCGAUAGAUGUAUAGACCCUUUUCGAAACCUUUUGCCGGAAAAGUCUUGUCAGGGAGUCAAACAGCCGAGCCAAUAGACCACUUCGGAGUUAAUAUAAGAAGUCGAAACUAUGGCAUAGAUUUGAAGUCAAGAAACUGAGAUAUGAUAGCAGAUAAAUACCGUAUUUUAUCGAUAAACUCUGAACCCUAAUAAAGUCGGGCCUUUAAGCCCCUUAAGCAUUACAUAUAUAACAUGAAAGACACUCAAGAAAGGGGGAGUAAAAUAUUCUUUCUCAAAAAUGUGUCCCAAAAAGACUGCAAAUUCAAACUUAACAAUCUCCAAUCUCUGGGUCCACGGAGCCUCAACGCUGCAGUUGUUCAAUUGAGAAAAUGUCUUAUGUAAAUAAUCUCGCCAAGAUUCAGGUCCAUGUGGUAUUCAGAAAAAUUUUUCACCAUUUUGGUGUCCCUCGGUGGAGCACAAAUAUGACAGUGUAGCAUGAGCAUCCCAGGGGCGAAGCAGGGGGGAGGGGUACUCCAAUAAAUUUUGGAUUUGUGUGUGCCGCCCUGGGUCCUAAACCCCGACCCUAUUAAAGGAUGAGACCCACAAAAAUCGAUACUAUUCAAGGCCCAAACCCGAAAAAUGACAUCUCAUUCAAAGGAAAAAACAAAAGCUAAGAAUUUAAUGGCGCGGGAAGUAAUACUGUUCCUAAUACUCUAAAGGAUAGUUCAGUUUUAAUAGAUGAUUUGUUCCUCGUGUAGCUGGGCUCGGAGCCAAGUAUAAAUAUUAAUAUAUCGAAUAUGGUCUAUAUGAUGAGAUCACAUGCUAGCGCAUAACGUUUGGCACUUGCCCCUAGCUAAAAGUAAAAGUUUUGCAAGUAUUGGCUGGUUAGAAGUCUGCAUGUAGAGGCUGUCUGAUCUUUAUAGACUCCAGCUAUUUUCACUUUGAUUCUUCCCCUAGAAACUGAAAUCGAAUGCUCACUACUCCGUAGUUGAAUUUGUGUAAGACAGAGUCACGCGGGUUGAAGAUUCUUAGGCCUCGUCCACACGUGUCCGGAUAUUUUUGAAAACGGAGAUUUUUUUUAUUCGUUUUGGAAAAAACGCGUCCACACAUGGCUUAUUCUAAUCGUUUUCGCCGUUCACACGAAAACGCUAAGACAACAUUUGGAAGUACGAUAGCAUCCCUUACAAGGCAUGCGCUGUAUGAUGUAACAGCUUUAUUCUUUGUACAAAAAUACAAAAGUUGGAUAGUUUGCCCCGCAAAUAGCUGGAAAGCUAGUCGCGGCGGGGCAAGACAAGCACAUGAAUAACACAGUUACGUAAUAAAAACAAAAACGUUAAACUAUUAGAAAGCCUUGCAGAUUGCUACUAAAAAUAAAUAAAACACAGAAGUUAAGUGAUCUAAUUAACACAGCGCUUACUGACGUACAAUGCAUUAAGACAAGGAGUCACUGACUCUUAAAUGAUAACACAGAAAAAGAAAAGCAGACAUUAAAGCCUUUCGCAAGUGCAUCUAUGUACCCACUUUUUUAAUAAUCAUGGGGAUUUGAAUAUAGUCAUCCUCCUGUUCUAAGAUAUCAAGUAGCGAUUUGCGGAGAACUUUUUUUGUAAGCUUUCUUUGAAAGAGCCGUUAUAUAGGGUGGUAUCUUAUUCCACUGCUUUACUCCGAGUCGAGAGAAAGAAUUGUUUUGCGUUUCUAGUCUACAACUUUUAACAUAGAACUUUCAAGACGUAGACGAUCGUGUAUUGUAUGAGUGAAGAUUAGACGUUUUCUGAAAUAAACGUAACAUGAAAAACCUCAGUCUACGUUUUUGGUGCCGAAAACGCCUGUUUAUAUGUAGACGGAAGGCUAAGACGGAGUAAAAAAAUUCGCCCUUUGCUCAAAAAGUAUUCGGAUACGUGUGGACGAGGCCUUAAUUAGUUUCUAAAAAGAGCUGGCCUUACUCACCCUUAAGAGGGUAUGGUACUGAGAUAAUGAAGAUUUAGGACAAAAGUGGAUAAAGCAUUAAACUUCAGUAUUAAUCACAGUAGUGUUGCUCAUGAUCCUAAUACUAACCAUAUUAUCAGCUUAACCGUGAAAAUAUUACUUUUUAUCUAAUAACACUUGACGCUGUUUUUGACAGGUGGAUCCAUUUCACACGCUGUUUGGUCUGACCGGUUUAGCGUUACUAGGAUCAUCCGAAAUUAAGCCAGUUAAUCCCGUUUACUGCCUACCCGAAGAGACGAUUGAAAGGUUAAGAAUUCAACCUGAACUUCUGGAAUGAAGCUCAUUCCCUUGCAUCCACGCAGUUCAGUUUUUUGGUACAAGAAGUUGCAAUUCUCCAGUGUUUGUAUAAAGGGACAAGGAAGGAGAGGUUUGGAAAUGCCCUGGGGCCUUGAGUGUGAAGACGUGCGUUUUUGAAGUAUCGAAGACUAUUUACAUUCUAUCCCAGAUGACGUAGACUGUCCAUAGCGAUCAGUGUGAACGCGCGACCUCAGGCGAGUGUCAAAGCCGUGCACGAAUUUCUUGCGCACCCGCGCCUUACCCCUAUCCCUUUGUUCCUUCUAUUUUGCAUUAAAAAGAAUAGAGAGGCUGUGAACG